UUCGGUUGUAAAAAGUUUGACUCGCAAAAAAGUGGUUUAAAAAAAGUUCUACUAAGCAUAUUGAAUAAAUAAUUUGGUUUUUAACAAUUUAAGAUAAGUCAAAAUGUGCGGCCUGAUUUUUCUGGUAUUUUUGGUUGUGCAUUCGCAAAUCGAAGCUUUUAAUUUGUCGCCUUAUCCAAACCGCGUGAUAAAAUACCCGGGUCAUCCGAAACAAACUCGUAGUUCCUAUUUUGGUUACUCGCUCGUCAUCCGACCGAAAAGCAUAAUUGUGGGUGCACCCCGAGCUCAAUCCACAUUGGAAACGCAAAGCGCCAUUAACGAGCCCGGGGAGAUCUACAGGUGCUCCCUGGAAAACGGGGACUGCACUGUGUAUGUCCUGGAUUCGAAUGGAAACUAUGAUUCGCACGAAGAGGAAAACUUGAGCUCACAUCACAAGGACUUCCAGUGGCUCGGCGGAUCAAUGGACGGAGGCACCCAGGAUACCGAUAAGCUCCUAGUUUGUGCCCCCCGACUUUACACCCACAGCAGUGGGUUCGUAGAUGAUGUAUACCAGCCCAUUCAAUACCACCUGCACGGAAUCUGCUACUCGGUAAACAACACACUGACCGCCCGUCCGCAGCACGUGACGCCGAUUUCCCCUCUCCGUGCGGCAGAUAUGCAGGAGAUCAAGAAUGGAACCGACACUCGCAAGUACUUCAUCAUGGGCGAACUGGGACUGAGUGCUCAUGUGCCGGAUGACAACUCCAAGUUCCUGAUCGGAGCCCCGGGCAUCGAUGACUGGAAGGGAUCGGUGUUUCUGUACCAACAGCCGGGUUACGUGGAGACCACCUCCAACGUAGCUAAACGUGACACGAGUAGGGCACUCAGCCAGUUACGACCAAAGCGGGAUAUCUCAUCUAGCAAGAAGAUACUAGAGCCAAACUGGGACCAGGAAAUUGACUCGUACUUUGGCUAUGCCGUGAGUUCCGGCUACUUCAACAGCGCUAAUUUGAGCACCCUGCUAUACUUGGCCACCGCUCCCCAAGCCAACAAGCAAUCCGGUGAGGCGUAUAUAUUUGCUGUGGAUGAAGGUAGAAUCCACUGGCAGCGCACAUUUCGGGGCGAUCAGUUUGGCGAAUAUUUCGGCUACUCAGUACUGGCGGAAGAUCUCAAUAGUGAUGGAAAAACGGACUUCAUCAUCUCAGCUCCCUUUCACUCUCUGGAUGAUUCCUACGACAAUGGUGCCAUCUAUGUGUUCAUCAACAAGGGCUCUUUCCACUUCGAAAGAACUAUAGUGACGUCGCCAGUGGGCAGCAAAGGCCGUUUUGGAACUACUCUUUCGCGUCUGGGAGACAUCAAUCACGACGGAUUUAAUGACAUUGCCGUGGGAGCUCCCUUUGCCGGAAACGGAUCGGUGUUCAUCUACUUGGGUGGCAAACUUGGAUUGCGGGAUCAGCCAAGUCAGCGACUGGACGCUCCUGCCCAGCAGGCUUCCAAGUACGGAACACACAUGUUCGGACAUGGUCUCUCUCGAGGAGCGGACAUAGAUGGUAAUGGAUUCAAUGACUUCGCUAUAGGAGCGCCCAAUUCUGAGGCCGUGUACCUGUAUCGCUCAUAUCCCGUCGUUAAAAUACAUGCUACGGUGAAGUUCGAAUCACGGGAGAUGAAACCGGGGCAGGACACGGUAAUGAUCUCAGCCUGCUUUAAGCUCAGUACCACAGCCAACAUGGCUGGUGUGGAGCAUCAGGAACUGGACUUCCGGGUGGUCAUUGACAAGGAGCUGAACCGGGCUAGGUUUGCCCAGACACAGUCCAAUGAGAUGAGCUUUAAGGCAAAUGCGAGUCUCGACGAAAGAUGCCACGACAUCGUUGUUCAGAUGGGCUAUAGCCCUAUAUUCGAUCCCAUCGAUCUGGAGAUGAGCUACGAGCUGGCGAGGAAGGUUCACAACUCAAAAGAUUUCUGCGAAACCUGUGCGAUUGUUGAUCCGUUUGAUUCGAAGGUUUCAUCGGAUAGGAUCACCUUCAACACGGGAUGUGCCAAAGAUGAGUGUGUCGUCGAUCUGAAACUGAAAAGUAGGAAUGUGAGCCAUACUUUUGUUUUUGGCAGUGCCAAUACCAUAAGCUUAAGCUACGAGAUCACCAAUAACGGAGAGAACGCCUUCUAUCCCAAAUUCAAUGUGACCAGUUCGUCGAGCCUGCCUUUCGCAAAGGUUCCGGGAAAUUGCUUUACUGCCGAAGCCGUCCUGGUAUGCAAACUUAAUCACGGACGACCGUUGGCCAAGGGCGUCAGUGACUUCAUUACCAUCAGUUUCGAUGUUGGCCAACUCAGUGGCGAAUCGCUGACCAUCUCUGCAGAAGUGCAUAGUGCCGGAAGUGAAGAGAAUCCCACGGACAACAUUCAGAUUGACGAGAUCAGCUUGCGGGAGUUCACCGAGAUCGAUGCCAGCGGUGGUCCCGCAAACGGUCAAGUUGCUCUAAAAUGUAUAUAUUCCUCCGCGGAAAUCAUGAACCAUUAUGAGGUCAAAAGUCGCGGUCCCAGUAGUAUCAAACAGUUAACGCUGUCAUUAUAUAUUCCCGUGGCAUAUAAGGCGCCAGGAUCUGAAGUAUAUGUGCCCAUCAUUAACAUGACCAGUUUGCAUAUGCAGGCCACCUACGAUUCCCAUAUGUUGCCCAUCAAGCUCUACGAUCAGAACGAUACUCUGCUCAAUACCUUUCCCAUUACAAACUCCACUCACGGUGGACUAGACUACGACCAGACCCGAAGUCGUAGGGAUCUCCAAAGCCUACUCGUCAACCAAACAGAGGAAGCUGGCAUCUUUUUCGAAAGGCUUUUCGAGAAACCGCCGCUAAAUCGCAGCAUUGUGUUGGACUGCCGGGAAACCAACACGACUAUCUGCGCACAUGCCGAGAUGCAUGUCACAUUGAGACCAUAUAAACCCAUCAACAUAAACAUAAGCUUCAAUGUAGAUUUAAGGGACAUUAAAGAGCCCUGGGAGUACUUUGUCAUUCAGACCGAUGUGGAACUGGUCAGGGCGGGCGAUCCCACUUCCAGUUCGUUUGUGAUAAAUGGGCAAAUUGAACCGAGCGUGCUAUACACGCAUGCUGGACUGUCCAUCUGGAAAAUAAUUAUGGCCGUAAUCGGUGGAGGCUUGAUCCUAUCUGCAAUAACCUAUGGUUUUCACAAGCUUGGAUUCUUUAAGCGCACCCUUCGCAACGAAAAAAGGAGGUUGAUUCGCGAAAGUUUUGAGGAGAAUAUUAUUAAAAGUUAAGAAUAUAUUAAAAGUGUGUAUUAUCUUUAAUCAUCCAAGUGUAUAAGUUUUUGGCUGCUAUCAGAAAAACUCCUUAACUUUAUACUCAUUAUAGUGGGAGCUCCUCGAGCUCAAUCCACCUUAAAAUCGCAGAGCAAUAUCAACGAAACUGGGGCGAUCUUCAAGUGCUCC